AUGGAACUUCUCAGCAUCACUGUCGUCUCAAUUGCCAUGGCGAUCUUUGGAUUCUUCCAAGCGAUCCCUAUGGCGGCCAUCCAGACCACCAACAAUUUCCUCCAGACUAUCCAAACAGGGCUGAGAAACAACUUUGUCGUCCGCACGAUCUCUCCUUCCGUCAUUCCUCAGAACACCUCCAUCGUCCAGACCGAAUUUACUCCUCCCGACGAACCUGUCCUGGCCGAACCCCCCAUGGUGGCUGUUUCGGUGGAUAUAACAGAGGACAACCGUGAUAGUUUCGAGCCCAGCUACUUUCCGGGCGUCAACGCAUUAACACCUACAAAAGACAAGACCGACGAUACCUUCACCUUCAUCCGGUCGUAUCUUAGCGACGUGAUGAUCAACAACUUCCUCUACCUGGCCUUGUCGGUGGGGGCGUCCGUGAUCGCCUACGCCUGGAUCAUCGUCUACACAUUCCGGACACGAUACCAAGCGGCAGCACAGCACGCGGACUCGACCAUCAAACACUUUGUCAAAGACCUGCACGAGAAACGCGCAAACCUCGUCCAGAACGUCCAGAACGCAAGCAUGAACCUAGAAGACGAGAUCUACGACAUCGCCGGCACGAUCGCCGAAAACCGCCAGGUGGUGAUUACUGAUCUGAACGAUAUCUCCGACCAUUUCUGUAAGGAGCUCGACGCACAGCUCACCGCGCUUCGCCAGGACAUGGAAGUCAAGCUUGAGGAUGAGUUCGACCGGCAGGCGGACCAGGUCAAGACUUUCAUGCGUCACCUUGAGGAAUCCUGCCUGGAGAUCCCGGACCCGGCGGAGUUGUACCAUCAUAUGCAGUUUGCAGAGGAGGAGGGGGGAGAGCAUCCGCAGACCGACUUUGACGAUGAGCAGUCUUCCGAUACCAGCCAGGACGUCGAGGAUGAAGCCAGAGUGCUGAACGACUACAUUGAAAAGCUUGAGCGGGAACUGGAGGAGUUGGAGAACGAGGAGCAGGCGUGUUACGCGCCUAAACCGCUAAAGGAAGACAGCAAUGCCAAUGUACAUGGCGAAGAUGAAGACCACACGGUCGUCUCUCCUUCUUCUUACUCCGCUUCUUCAGAGGAUAGCGCCCCCAGGACGCCCUCGGAUAGUGGCUCUUCUCCUCUCCGUGGCCGGACAUUGAAGCGUGGUCACUACGGUCAAAAGCGAUGCCAGGAAGUGGCAGACUCUGCCCUCUCCACUCAAGAUGACUCGGACGCCUCGACGUGGUAA